GCAUUUUCGGUGAAAGUCGGGGUAAGAUAAGAAUGGGGAAGCGCAACUUUCGCAAGCGCAAGGGCCAAAAGGGCGAGAACACAUGGAACAAGAAGUCCAGGAACGAACGCGACGGCGACCGCGAAGCUGGCUUUGGUGAAUGGGUGUACAAGAACGAGCACUUUGAGAAGUACUACGCGGAACAAGAGAUUGUUGGAACGGAGGAAUGGGACGCCUUCUUGAAGCACUUGUCUCUCCCAUUGCCAACGACAUUCCGCAUCAACAACUCGUGUGCAUACGAAGACAAGAUCAAGGAGCGCAUUGCCACGGAUUUCAAGUACGAAGAUUUGGAAAUCGACGGCGAAAAGGUGGCGCCGAUCAGCACCAUGCCAUGGUACCCCGAAGGCAAGGGAUUCCAAUGGAGUGUCGAACGUCGCAAGAUCAAAAAGUUGGCGCUGUUGAGCGAGUUUCAAAAGUGGUUGGUCAACUUGUCCGACUCAGGCGACAUUACCCGCCAAGAAGCGGUGAGCAUGAUCCCCCCGCUCGUCUUGGGCGUGGAAUCCCACCACAAGGUGCUCGACAUGUGCGCGGCGCCAGGGUCCAAGACUUCCCAAUUGUUGGAAUCUCUGCAUGACGACGAAAGCAAGACGGGCAAGAUGCCCACGGGGUUGAUCGUCGCCAACGACAUUGACAUCAAGCGCGCGUACAUGCUGACCCAUCAAACCAAGCGAGUGGGGUCUCCAGCCUUGGUGAUCACGUGCCACGAAGCGCAGAAGUUUCCGCUGCUGAGCAGCUCCGACAAUAAGCAGGGCUUCUUUGACCGGAUCCUGUGCGACGCCCCGUGCAGCGGCGACGGCACCAUGCGCAAGAACCCCAUGAUCUGGCAAAAGUGGCAUGUCCGCAACGGACUGUCGCUGCAUCCGCUGCAGCUGUCCAUCGUCAAGCACGGCGCCACGCUUCUCAAGGUUGGGGGGCGCAUGUGCUACUCCACGUGCUCGUUCAACCCCGUGGAGAACGAGGCGGUGGUCGCGGAGCUGCUUCGGUGGUCCAACGGAUCGCUGCGGCUCCUGGACGUGUCGGCGAUCCUGCCCAAGCUCAAGCGCCGCCCGGGGAUUUCGACCUGGAAGGUGUACGAUUACGACAUGGUGGAGACGCCAGUGUUUGACGAGGCGGCGGAGGCGGCCAAGGGCAAGUACAAGACCCUCCCGGGCUCGGUGUUCCCGCCAUCGGCUGCCGAGGCCGAAGCAUUCCACUUGGACAGGUGCAUGCGCUGUGUGCCCCACGACGAAAACACGGGAGGCUUCUUCAUCGUACUGGUCGAAAAGGUGGGGGAGACCCCGCCCGAAGACGCCAACGCCCGGGGCCAGCAGCCCAAGGGAAAGAAACACGGCGAAGAGUACCUCCCGUUCACCGAAUUCAAGUCGAUUCAGUCGACGUACGAGCUGGACGCGGGCUUUGAGGCCAGUCAGCUGUUUACGCGGUCGGAUACAGGGCGCACGGUCAACUUUGUCACGUCGUCUGUGGCCACGGAGCUGCUGCCGGCCAUGAAAGCCCUCGAUAUGAAGGUCGUGUACACUGGCAUCAAAGUGUUUGAACGCCAUGACGUGGGCAUUGGCGAAAGCACCUACCGGUUGACUCAGUCGGGGGCGCACAUUGCGCUGCCCCACAUGAACGUGCGAAAGCUCACCGUGGGCAACCGCGACUUUCAGUACUUCCUCGACCGCCGGGGCGACUUGCUGCAGUUUGACGACCUCAGCGCCGACCUCGCGGCCGUAUUCAAGGCCGCGCCCCUCGGCAGUUAUGCGUGCACGCUGACGCGGGACGACGGCGUGGCCCUGACGAUCCCAGAGUAGGACAUUGCCUCUAACUUGUUGAUGGAGUGUGAUGCGCGAAUGUGUAUGUAGACAACUGCUGCUCAACCUGGUCGUGUGGCGAGGUCGAAACACGAUCAACGUCAUGGCCGCCAAGCCGGACGGGUUUGCGCUCACGUCGACGUUGAAAGCGCUGGGAUUGUACGACGACGAGUUUGCACGUGAAACGCUGGCAAAGUUUCCCAAGACCGAUGCCAAAGGCGACCAGAACAAGGCCACGUCCAACGAAGAAGAGGAGGACGAAGCGGCGGCGGCGGAAGACGUUGAUGAGUCGACCGACUAGACAUUAACUAACUUCGCAGAGGUUGACUGGU